AUGAAGGAAACAGAACUAGGAGAAGAUCAAAAGGAAGCCUACAGUGCAGAGAAUCUUGAUCUGGUGAAAUCGAAGGAAGAAUCCAAAGGCUGUCACCAGCUGUGUCGUCCGAAGCUGCCGGUUCGUAGAUCAACGCAUCAGGUUCGGGUUUCCUUGAUCCGACGUGUCAAUGGCGGGGCGGCGUUCACAGUAGUUUCUUCCUUCGUUUCUUUUACCAUUCAUGUGUCUGGCCGGCACAUGCGGGCGCGGGCGCGGCCUGAACGGUUUCCCAAACCAGAGAUUCUCGGCCUCUUCAGUUUUGUGAGAGGGACACAUUCACACGAUUAUGUCGCAGAGAAUCAUGUGCAGAAAACAAAGAAAUCCUCAAAGGGUACGUCAAGGAGGGAUCAAAAGCUUGCAAUGCAACAGGAAUGUAGUGGAUCAAACGAUGUUAAUACAAGGUUGAUAUCAUCAGAUGAGAGGGAGAAGAAUGUUGGGACAACAGGGAAACCUGGGAAUUCGCAAAGUAGAAGUGUGGAAGAAGGACCAAGUAGGAUGAUGAUGUUAAAUAGGAUAGGUAGUAUAAAAAGAGGAGAGAGAGGAGCCCAAGUUCUCGCUGGGUGGCCUUCAUGGCUAUCUGCUGUUGCAGGAGAAGCCAUUAGUGGUUGGAUUCCACGUAGAUCAGAAUCCUUUGAGAAGUUAGAGAAGAUUGGACAAGGGACAUAUAGCAGCGUUUACAGAGCUAGAGAUUUGGAAACAAAUAAGACAGUUGCAUUAAAGAAGGUUCGAUUUGCAAAUAUGGACCCAGAAAGUGUUCGUUUCAUGGCCAGAGAAAUCAUUAUACUGCGAAGGCUUGAUCAUCCAAAUGUGAUGAAGCUUGAAGGAAUGAUUACCUCAAGGGUUUCUGGCAGCUUGUACCUUAUUUUUGAAUAUAUGGAACAUGAUCUCACAGGCCUCUCAGCUCUUCCUGGUAUCAAGUUUUCAGAGGAGCAGAUAAAGUGCUACAUGCAGCAACUAUUGAGAGGGUUAGAGCAUUGUCACAAGAAGGGGGUGCUACACAGAGACAUAAAAGGAGCAAAUUUGCUAAUAGACUACAAGGGCAAUUUGAAAAUUGCAGAUUUUGGGCUAGCCACCCUGUUGGAAGGCCAAGCAUUGACGAGCAGAGUCGUAACCUUGUGGUACAGAUCUCCUGAACUAUUACUAGGAGCCACCAAUUACGGCGUUGCUGUUGACCUGUGGAGCGCUGGUUGCAUUCUUGCAGAGCUCUUCGCGGGCAAGCCCAUCAUGCCCGGUCGUACCGAGGUAGAGCAACUUCAUAAGAUAUUUAAACUUUGUGGAUCACCGUCUGAGAAAUACUGGAAGAAGUCGAAGCUGCCACAUGCCACCAUUUUCAAACCUCAACAACCUUACCAGCGCGUUGUUGCAGAGACGUUCAAGGAUUUCCCACCCUCUGCCCUCAAACUUCUCGACGUUCUUCUUGCUAUAGAACCUGACGAUCGAGGAACUGCUUCCUCAGCACUUCAGAGCGAGUUCUUCACGACAAAGCCACUUCCUUGUGAGCCAUCGAGUUUGCCGAGGUAUCCACCAAGUAAGGAGUUUAAUGUGAAGCUUCGAGAAGAGGAAGCCCGAAGAAGGAAAGGGGCAACGAGGAAAGGAAAUGAACAAGAACCCGUGAAGAGCUCUGCCAACCCUAAAGCUGCCCCACCACCCGAAACAAAGUGCCACCUUUCAGCAGCCACUGAGAAUCGAGCGGGGCCAAGGCCAAAGCGCAGGCUGGAGAAGAAUGGGCUGCUCAUUGAACCUGCAAGCACGAGAGGACCCAGAGUACUGUGUCAUUCCGGCCAAUCCACGGUGCAGAGUGCGUACAUGAAAGUCAUGAAGCAUGAAGCCGCCGGCGGAGAGCACGAGGUGUUUGUUGGAACCAGGAGAUCAAAGCAGAGAACCUACUGGAACGCCGCCAAUGCCGCACGUCUCUCCAAGUUCUCUAACUCCGUGGCCGCCGACGGCGGCUCACGGCUCGACGUGAUCGCCGGCGGAGCAAACUCCUCCGUGUGGGGAGACAACGGGUUCGGCGAGAGGUAUCGACAUGCGGCCGCCGGAGAAUCCGACCUCUUGCUGCCUGCAUCCAACAAGUCUGGUCUCAACAAACCUCUGACCAAGGAUUAUGGAGGGAAGAAUGGGAAGACGCAAUAUUCAGGACCGUUGGUGUCUGCAACAGAGAACCUGGAAGAGAUGUUGAAGCAACAUGAACAACAAAUCCAAAAAGUCUUACGUAAAGGUGGUUUGGAUCAUAAAAAGGUCAAGACUUAG